AUGCUUCGUCCCAGACUAAGGGUCCCUCGCCUGGCCGUUGGCCUCGGCAUGCGACCCAUGGUCAAUGCCCGCCGUUCGAUCCAUCAUGUUCCCGAGCUGCCACACGAUUAUUCCCAGGGUGUGCCCAAUCUUAUGAGCUCUGGAGGGUUCUCUCUCGCCUGGACCCAGUACAUGAACCUCAUGGUGGAGAAGCUGAAUGCUUUGACUGUCGGCACCGAGCUCGAGGAUAAGGACACAAAGACCAUUGCUCUCAUGACAGCCCGAGAACCCAACCAGGCCCCCAUCUUCAACUAUGCCUCCAUGGCGCACAACAACCACUUCUUCUUCCAGGGUAUCUCCCCCACCGGCACCCCCAUGCCCGAUGCUCUCCGUAGCGAACUCGAGGCUUCGUUUUCCUCCAUCGAGACCCUCCGCCGAGAAUUCGUCAUCACAGCCUCCGCCAUGUUUGGCCCUGGUUUCCUCUGGCUUGUCAAGGCCGGGCCUGGCGACUACCGUCUUCUGCCCACCUACCUCGCCGGUUCUCCCUACCCCGGCGCUCACUGGCGUGCCCAAAGCACUGAUAUGAACACAUUGGGCAAGGAUGGCUCCGCUCGCAACUUCAUGCACAACCAGGCCUACGGCGCUAGCAAGCGAUCCGACAACCUCCCCCCUGGAGGUAUCGAGCUUGAGCCCCUUCUGUGCCUAAACACGUGGGAGCACGCCUGGUUGCUGGACUGGGGUGUCGGUGCCGGUGGCCAGGGUGGAAAGGUUGCCUUUGCAGAGUCAUGGUGGGAGCUUAUUGACUGGGAGAAGGUUGCUCAAAAGUCAGGAGUGCUACGACCUGAAUUCAAGUCGGCGUAA